GGGAGACGAUCGUCUGGGUUUUGAUGUUGAAGGUCGAAUUUAAAAAUGGAGAAGUUUUAUUAAAAUAUUUUAAUUAAUUCUUAAUUGUAGAUUUUAGAUUAUAAAACGCCGACAAAAUGAGGAGCAGAAGUAAUUCUGGAGUUAGACUCGAUUAUUAUCAUAGAAUUGUAACAAAAACUAUUUUAGAAAGACAGAAUCCAGUUACUGGUCUUCUUCCUUCAGCAAAUAAAAAUGAUCACGUGUGGGUUCGUGACAGUGUUUACUCUAUCAUGGCUGUGUGGGCUCUAUCCAUGGCCUACAAAAAGAAUGCUGACCUUGAUGAAGAUAGAGCAAAGACAUACGAACUAGAACAAAGUUGUGUAAAGUUAAUGAGAGGUUUAUUAGGCUCCAUGAUGAGACAGAAAGAGAAAGUGGAACAGUUUAAAGAAACACAAAGUCCAAUGGAUGCUCUUCAUGCUAAAUUCAGUUCUACAACUGGAGCAACAGUAGUUAAAGAUGAUGAAUGGGGACAUUUACAAUUAGAUGCUACUUCAUUAUAUUUGCUCAUAUUGGCCCAAAUGACUGCAUCUGGUCUUCAGAUUAUUUUUAACUUAGAUGAAGUAGCAUUCAUUCAAAACUUAAUUUUUUAUAUUGAAUCUGCUUAUUGCAUACCUGAUUACGGAAUAUGGGAGCGAGGUGACAAAACUAAUCAUGGUCUUCCAGAAUUGAAUGCCAGUUCUAUUGGGAUGGCAAAAGCAGCUUUAGAAGCAAUGGAUGAGCUAGAUUUAUUUGGUGGACGAGGAGGACCUUCAUCUGUAAUUCAUGUAUUAGCUGAUGAAUCACAAAAGUGUCAUGCGGUGUUACAAUCAAUGUUACCAAGAGAAUCAAAUUCAAAGGAAGUCGAUGCUGCACUUCUUUCAAUUAUAAGUUUUCCUGCCUUUGCAGUAGAAGAUCCAGAAUUAAUUGCUUUAACUAGAAAUACCGUUCUUGAUAAAUUAAUGGGAAAAUAUGGAUGUAGACGUUUUUUAAGAGAUGGAUAUAAAACAGCAAGAGAGGACCCUAAUCGAUUGUACUAUGAACCGUGGGAAUUAAAAGUGUUUGAAAAUAUUGAAUGUGAAUGGCCAUUAUUUUAUUGCUAUUUAAUUAUUGAUGCUUGUUUUUGUGGGGAUCGAGAAGCUAUGGAAAAAUAUUCAGAAUUGUUAGAUAAAAUACUUGUCAAAACUGAAGAUGGACUGAAAUUAGUACCUGAAUUGUACACUGUGCCAGCAGAGAAGGUUAAUGAUGAAUACCAACAUCCGCAUAGUCAGGAUCGAGUUGCAAUUGGAAAAAUUCCAUUUAUGUGGGCUCAGUCUUUAUAUAUUGUUGGUAGAUUGUUACAAGAGGGUUUUCUUGCACCUGGUGAAUUGGAUCCACUGAAUAGAAGACUGACAUCAGAAAAAAAGCCUGACGUUGUUGUACAAGUUGUAAUAUUAGCUGAAGAUAAUGCCAUUAAAGAGAAAUUACGCCAGCAUGAUAUAACAGUUCAGACAGUUGAUGAAUUGGCUCCUAUUGAAGUGCAGCCUGCCAGUGUUUUAAGUCAUAUAUAUGCAUAUUUAGGAUGGAACAAAAAACUGAUGCUUUCUGGCAGACAAUCAAGAGAUGUUGGUUUGCUCAGUACUAGCAAACUUUAUACACUUCAAGACAAAAUAUUUGCUUUUACCCCACAGUUUGUUGACCAACAAAGAUUCUAUGUUGCAUCUGAUACCGAUCUUCUGAUUGACAUUUUCAAGACAGAAAUUGCCUUCCUGAAGACAAGUUGGCAUAUUUUAGGACGCCCCAUCGUUGUUCUACCUCUCAGUUCCACCAUUUUAGAAAAUGACAAAGUCCCUGGAGCAAUGAUUUCCACAAUUAAGAAAUUAAAAAGUGGUUACAUUAAUGGUACUCGAGCUAAUUACGAGAGAGAGAACAUCCACGAUUCCUCUCCGGCCAGCCCUACCAUCGAGUUUGCAGAGGGUGGACAGAGUCCUCCAUACGAAGAAGAAGAAGAAUCCUGGGAGUCAGAUCUCGCAAAGAAUCGUACUAGGACCAUGUCUGAAUUACAGUUUGAUAAAGGUGUUACUGGGGAAGAUCUCAUCAACAUGUUUAAAGAAACUGAAAUAUUAGAAGAACAAGGAGAUAUAUUACACUAUCUUGUAGUUACAAAAGGUGUACAAUGGGAUACGGGUCUUGGUACUCCAGAUAAUCAGAUUAAAGUUAGAGAUCUGCUUAAAGUUACUUACGAAAAGGCUUGUCAUGAAAAGAAAUGGAGUCUUGUUAGACAUAUUGCAGGAAUGUUAGGGAAAAGGGUAGAAGAUCUUACAAAAGCCGUAGCUGACUUAUUAGUUUAUUUGUGCAGUUUGAAACUAACUCGUCUAAGAGCUAAUUACGAGAGAGAGAACAUCCACGAUUCCUCUCCGGCCAGCCCUACCAUCGAGUUUGCAGAGGGUGGACAGAGUCCUCCAUACGAAGAAGAAGAAGAAUCCUGGGAGUCAGAUCUCGCAAAGAAUCGUACUAGGACCAUGUCUGAAUUACAGUUUGAUAAAGGUGUUACUGGGGAAGAUCUCAUCAACAUGUUUAAAGAAACUGAAAUAUUAGAAGAACAAGGAGAUAUAUUACACUAUCUUGUAGUUACAAAAGGUGUACAAUGGGAUACGGGUCUUGGUACUCCAGAUAAUCAGAUUAAAGUUAGAGAUCUGCUUAAAGUUACUUACGAAAAGGCUUGUCAUGAAAAGAAAUGGAGUCUUGUUAGACAUAUUGCAGGAAUGUUAGGGAAAAGGGUAGAAGAUCUUACAAAAGCCGUAGCUGACUUAUUAGUAAGACAGAAACAAAUUACUGUAGGAAUGCCGCCUAUGAAUGAAUAUACUAUAACACGACCUUUACCUUCUAAAGAAUUGCGAAAUAUCAUACAUAAAGCUCACGACUGUGAUCAGAGUACAGCAAUGCUCACGCAGGAACUUUUGGUGUAUUUGGCUAUGUUCAUUAGAACUGAACCACAGCUAUUUCAUGAAAUGUUGCGAAUGAGAGUUGGCUUAAUUAUUCAAGUAAUGGCUUCUGAACUCGGACGCUCUUUAAAAUGUUCUGGUGAGGAGGCUUCGGAACAUUUAUUAAACUUGAGCCCGUUUGAAAUGAAAACGUUGUUGCAUCACAUACUUAGCGGAAAAGAGUUUGCAGUGAAAAGCGAUUCAUCUGAUAAUCUAAAAAUAUUCUUAUUUCAUGUUUUAUUAGAACUAACUCGUCUAAGAGCUAAUUACGAGAGAGAGAACAUCCACGAUUCCUCUCCGGCCAGCCCUACCAUCGAGUUUGCAGAGGGUGGACAGAGUCCUCCAUACGAAGAAGAAGAAGAAUCCUGGGAGUCAGAUCUCGCAAAGAAUCGUACUAGGACCAUGUCUGAAUUACAGUUUGAUAAAGGUGUUACUGGGGAAGAUCUCAUCAACAUGUUUAAAGAAACUGAAAUAUUAGAAGAACAAGGAGAUAUAUUACACUAUCUUGUAGUUACAAAAGGUGUACAAUGGGAUACGGGUCUUGGUACUCCAGAUAAUCAGAUUAAAGUUAGAGAUCUGCUUAAAGUUACUUACGAAAAGGCUUGUCAUGAAAAGAAAUGGAGUCUUGUUAGACAUAUUGCAGGAAUGUUAGGGAAAAGGGUAGAAGAUCUUACAAAAGCCGUAGCUGACUUAUUAGUAAGACAGAAACAAAUUACUGUAGGAAUGCCGCCUAUGAAUGAAUAUACUAUAACACGACCUUUACCUUCUAAAGAAUUGCGAAAUAUCAUACAUAAAGCUCACGACUGUGAUCAGAGUACAGCAAUGCUCACGCAGGAACUUUUGGUGUAUUUGGCUAUGUUCAUUAGAACUGAACCACAGCUAUUUCAUGAAAUGUUGCGAAUGAGAGUUGGCUUAAUUAUUCAAGUAAUGGCUUCUGAACUCGGACGCUCUUUAAAAUGUUCUGGUGAGGAGGCUUCGGAACAUUUAUUAAACUUGAGCCCGUUUGAAAUGAAAACGUUGUUGCAUCACAUACUUAGCGGAAAAGAGUUUGCAGUGAAAAGCGCGAGAAGUGGUAUUAUUUCUUUAGCUCAUACUAAAGCUAGCAAGAGAAGUGCCGUAGACAAUUUCGUAGGUAAAGAUGUUCAAGACGAAGUCGGAACGGAAUCCGAAAGACACGGUCAGUGGCUGAGGAGAAGACGUCUGGACGGAGCAUUAAAUCGCGUUCCGCGCAACUUCUAUCCUCAAAUCUGGAGCGUAUUAGAGAAGUGUCAAGGAUUAUCGGUGGAAGGAAAAGUUCUCAACCAGCAAUUAACCGGGGAGAUGACGCCGGGAGAACUAAAAUUCGCCCUUCAGGUCGAACAGGUUUUAAACAGCAUACCCCAACCAGAAUACAGGCAGUUAAUGGUGGAAGCAUUGAUGGUGUUGACGCUAAUAGUCGAACACAAUGCCGUGCAGUGUCUGGGAGGGAUAAUAAACGUGGAACAUCUCGUACACAAAGCCAAUCAGAUAUUUCUAGAAGACCAGAGAAAAGUGGACGGAGACGGCACGCUGUGUUGUGCCGCAAAAGAAUCCGAACGGGUGAGCGCCUGUGGCGGGGCGGCGGGAAUCUGCCAGCACUUCUACGACAGCGCACCCAGCGGCUGUUACGGAACCAUGACCUACAUGAUCCGGUCGGUGGCCUCCACGCUAAACUGUUUCCCGAAGGACGAGGUGGAUUGCACCAUCAGUUGAGAUAAAAUUAUAUUAAUAUUCGUUUGAACGAAAAAGAAAUAAUUUAAGAUGACUUUGCAGUAUCAAAUUCGAAAAAUCAUACUUACGUGUAUAAAAAAAAAAAAAUCAAAUUUGCAUGAAUUUUCCCAACAUCAUUGAAGAGUUCCUCAUCUAGAAAUUUUAUCAGUGUUUUUUUUUUUUUCUAGAAGGGUUGUUCUGUAUAUACUUUUCUUUGAUCGAGAAUCAAACGAGAGAUCAGUUUCUUUUUUUCAUUCGGGCUUGUUUAUAUUUUAUAUCAGUUUUUAGUCCUUCAUUUAUGUUGUUUAGGAAGAUACAUUUACUUAGUGAUUUGUGUAUAUUAAAAUUUUAAAGCGUAUCCUAAGAAUAGUGAUUUUAAUUUGAAAAUUAGUAAUGAAAAUUUCGGAUAAGAGCCUUACUAACGUGCUAUAUUCCCGAAUUAUAUUGUUAUUUAUGUAAAAAAAAAAAAGAAAAU